CCCGUUUCCCGCUGCAGAGGAAGCGGCGAGGCCGCCGCUCCCGGCGGAUGUCCGGCCGCGGCCAUGGCGCUGGCGGAGGCGGGAGCCCGCGGGCGGCUCCUGCGCUGGCCUCGCGUCCUGCUCUUCGGAGACUCCAUCACUGAGUACUCCUUCCAGGAAAAUGGCUGGGGGGCAUAUCUUGCUGAGAGACUGGUCAGGAAAUGUGAUGUUGUGAACCGUGGGAUCUCAGGGUACAACACCAGAUGGGCUAAGUUGAUUCUUCCUAGACUGAUCACUGAAAGUACUGGUGCUGACAGUAUUGCUGCAGUUACUAUUUUCUUUGGAGCCAAUGACAGUGCUUUAAAAGAGCUGAACCCUAAGCAGCACGUUCCUUUGGAGGAGUACGCCGCCAACCUGAAGAGCAUGGUGCAGUACCUGAAGUCAGUAGACAUUACUGCAGACAAGAUUAUUUUGAUUACACCCCCACCUCUUCAGGAAUCAGCUUGGGAAAAGGCAUGUCUUGCCAAAGGUGACAAACUGAACCGCUGCAAUGCCACCACGGGGCAGUACGCCCAGGCCUGCGUGCAGGUGGCCAGGGAGUGUGGCACAGACGUGCUCGACCUCUGGAGCCUGAUGCAGAAGAAUCAGGAUUUCUCUUCCUAUUUGUCGGAUGGUCUUCAUUUAUCAACAAAAGGCAACAGCUUUCUAGCAGCUCAGCUUUGGUCACGCCUGGAAAACAAACUGUCUGCCCUGCCUUCUCUGCUUCCUUACUGGCGUGAUGUGGACCACACGAACCCCGAGGCCAGUCUCCUGUGACAGCCCUGCAGGGAGGAGCCAGGACAGCCAUGAUAGACAGAGCCAGCUCAUUGUGCAGAGGUGCUGCAAACUGUGUCCUCAGGGAACAUGGCACUGGGGAGUCUCCAACAAUGCUCUUCUCUGUCUCCUUCUCUUGGUCUGUGGGAGAAUAAAGGUGAGACCACU